UCGACCUCCUGAGCCGGGGCGCCAGGGCCUGGGGUGGAGGCGCGCGUCUAGGGGAGAAAGAGAAGAAGAAAGAGUGCAGGGAACAGAAAAGGGGAGAGAGGAACCGUGCGGACGGGGAAGGGGAGCGAGGAGAGAGUUUUGCGAGGGUCCGGAGGAACCAGAGGCCGGGGGCGGAAGCGAUCCCGGGGUGGGGGUGGGGGGACGAGGAGUGCGGGGAGGGGAGGGGAGGGGAGAGGAGAGGCCGGGCGAGGAGGGGGAGCGAGCAGUAGAGGAGGGCGAGGGAAGCGAGGCGACACUGCCGGGGGAGAGGAGGGCAGAGAGGAGCGCGGCUCCGGCAGAGGCGGCUGGGGCGGCGCGGAGAGGAGGGGCUUGAGGGCCCGGGGAAAUGUCAAUCAGAGCCCAGAGCCCGGGGAACCGCGGCCAAUCUGUUCGGACCUGACCUGGCUCCUCGCCUCCGCCGCCGCCGCCGCCGCCGCGGAGCAGAUCAAUAGGCGAACACGCAGCGCAGCCCAGCGCGGGAGGCAGCGCGGCCCCAGCCCGGCCCGGCCCCCGAUGCGCGCCGGAGCCCGUGUGCGGCGUUGAGCAGGGCGGCCCCGGGGGGCUGGGCCCCCCUCUCCGUCCGUGCCCCGCGGGCCACCAUGUCCUUCCCCCAGCUCGGAUACCAGUACAUCCGCCCGCUUUACCCAGCCGAGCGCCCGGGGGCCGCCGGUGGCGGCGGCGGCGGCAGCGCUGGGUCCCGGGGCGGCCCGGGAGCCGGAGCCUCGGAGCUGACCGCCUCGGGGUCCCUGUCCAAUGUGCUCUCGUCCGUCUACGGGGCGCCCUACGCCGCGGCCGCUGCCGCCGCCGCGGCCGCCCAAGGCUACGGCGCCUUCCUGCCCUACGCCGCGGAGCUGCCUAUCUUCCCGCAGCUGGGCACGCAGUAUGAGCUGAAGGACAGCCCCGGGGUGCAGCAUCCAGCCACGGCCGCCGCGUUUCCGCACCCACAUCCCGCCUUCUACCCGUACGGACAGUACCAGUUCGGGGACCCGUCCCGUCCCAAGAACGCCACCCGGGAGAGCACCAGUACGCUCAAGGCCUGGCUCAACGAGCACCGCAAGAACCCCUACCCCACCAAGGGCGAGAAGAUCAUGCUAGCCAUCAUCACCAAGAUGACUCUCACCCAGGUGUCCACCUGGUUCGCCAACGCGCGCCGGCGCCUCAAGAAGGAGAACAAGAUGACGUGGGCGCCCCGCAGCCGCACCGACGAGGAGGGCAAUGCUUACGGGAGCGAGCGCGAGGAGGAGGACGAGGAGGAGGACGAAGACGACAGCAAACGCGAGCUGGAGCUGGAGGAGGAGGAGCUGGGUGGGGAGGAGGAGGACACGGGGGGCGAGGGCCUGGCCGACGACGACGAGGACGAGGAGAUCGAUCUGGAGAACUUAGACGGCGCGGCCUCAGGGCCUGAGCUGACCCUGGCUGGGGCUGCGCACAGAGACAGCGAACUGGGCCUGGGACCCAUUUCGGACUCCAAGAAUAGCGACUCGGACGACAGCUCCGAGGGCCUGGAGGAGCGGCCACUGCCUGUCCUGAGUCUGGCCCCAGCGCCACCGCCCGCCAGGGCCCCGCUGUCUCCGCCCUCGCCCACUGCGGGCCUGGACCCCAGCGCCCCCUCCCCAGCUGCCUCCUCCUCCACCCUGCAGAAGCCCAAGAUCUGGUCGCUGGCCGAGACCGCCACGAGCCCCGAUAACCCGCGCCGCUCGCCCCCGGGCUCGGGGGGCUCUCCCCCAGGGGCAGCCGUCGCGCCCCCAGCGCUACAGCUCUCUCCAGCCGCCGCCGCUGCAGCCGCCGCCGCCGCAGCGCACAGACUGGUCUCGGCGCCUCUCGGCAAGUUCCCGGCUUGGACCAACCGGCCGUUCCCAGGCCCGCCACCUGGCCCACGGCCGCACCCGCUCUCCCUGCUCGGCUCGGCCCCUCCACACCUGCUGGGACUUCCUGGAGCUGCGGGCCACCCGGCCGCCACGGCUGCCACCUUCGCUAGGCCUGCAGAGCCCGAGGGCGGAACAGAUCGCUGUAGUGCCUUGGAAGUGGAGAAAAAGUUACUCAAAACAGCUUUCCAACCCGUGCCAAGGAGGCCCCAGAACCACCUGGAUGCCGCAUUGGUCUUAUCGGCUCUCUCUUCGUCCUAGUUCUAAAAAUUUUUUUAAAGGAAAUCAUUGUAAUAAUUGUAAUAAAAGAAGUGCUCUGUAUAAUUAUGACUUGUAAGCAUGUCCGUGUAUGAAAACCUUAAAAAAAACACUAAAAAACAAAAAAGAAGAAAAAAGAAGAAAUUAAACGAAUCCCCUUUGGUCUUCUCCAAGUCGCUUCUGUACCCUCAACAUUAGCUGAGUUUGUGAGGUUUGUCCGUCAGUUCUCUUGAUUUGGGGAGGAGGGGUGGAGUUUCAGUGAGAAUAAGAGUGUCUGACUUUCUUUUGUAUAUACAGAAAAAUGUACAUAUGUGUGAACCAAAUUGUACAAGAAAGUAUCUAUUUUUGGCUAAAUAAAUGAGCUGUUGCCACUUUGACUAUAA